AUGGUUCGUCUCUCAACUUUGUUUUCGGUCGUUACCGCCCUGACCACCUGCCAGGCGGUCAGAUUCCUUGGUCGGGUUGACCCUGAGAAAAAGGAGUUAACUUGGCCUGGAACUGGUGUAUCGUUCACUUUUACAGGGACUUCUGCCAGAGUGGCUUUUACUUCGGUAUCCGGCGACAACAGUGUCGAGGUGGUGGUUGAUGACGGUACUCCAACCAUCAUUGACAAUGUUAGUGGAACCAGUAUUGAUACACCUGCACUUGGACAGGGCCAGCACACAGUGAACAUAAGAAAGAGAUCUGAGGCCGGUUUCGGCACACUUACCCUGGGUGAGGUGACCGUAACGGGUGGGAAGCUUGGCUGUGACACAGUCCCCGGCAAGCGGAUUCAAAUCAUCGGUGACUCCAUCACCGUUGGUUAUGGCCUAGACGGCACUUUCCCAUGCACGAACACGGCCGCUCUUGAGAAUGCGCCCAAGACCUAUGGCGCAUUAACUGCCAAGAACAUAUCUGCAGAAUACGACAUCAUUGCUUGGUCUGGGAUCGGGCUGACUCGAAAUUACAUGGGUUCAGACGACUACCCUAAUAUGUCGCAGCGCUGGACUCGCUACGGUGCUCACGACGCUGACAACAGCUAUACCUUCCCGGCAAGCGAUACUCCAGAUAUUGUGGUCAUAAAUCUGGGAACCAAUGACUUUUCAUACCUUGGUGUACGCGACCGUCUCAACGUCGAAACAUUUACCGAGGCGAUGGUUGUAUUCGUGCAGGUUGUCCAAGGACACUACCCCAAGGCUGAAGUCUUCUUGACAUCCUCUCCGAUGCUAGGUGAUUCUUGGCCCGAGGGUGACCUGCAACAUACGACUCAUGCGAAUGCUGUCAAGUCGGUUGUCGACAAGAUUGGCAACAAGGUGCACUUUGUCGAGUUUCCCAGCCAAGGUUCUGUUGUGGCAUGUGACUAUCACCCAGUAGCAGAGGAGCAUGAGAAGAUGGCCGUUAUUCUCACGUCGGCUAUUGAGAGCGUAAUCAACGCAUAG